UAUAUUUAAGCUGGGCAAUGAUCGAGUGCGCCUCGGAACUGCCAAUGCUACCUGUGGUCACCAUAGACCAAACCCGCACAACCGGAGACGAACACCGAACUCGCCGGCGGCAAUGGUGGCCCGCCGGCCGGCUGCUGCUUCCCUACGACCGCCGCUGUCGAUACUGUCUUUGCUGUUGACAUGCAGCCUUUUCUCUGGGAAGGUGAGUGCGAGGGCGCUUGCUGACGGUGCUAGCUCCAAUAUGACAGAACUGCAGAAGCAUGUGUCCUUCUUCGACAGGAACAAAGACGGCAUCAUCACUCCUCUGGAGACCUUCCAAGGAUUUGUUGCGGUCGGAUGCGAAAUCGCCUUCUCCAGCGCUGCUGCCUCGACGGUCCAUGGUGCUCUUGCUCCUUUCACAAACCCUCCGGGAGCACUGCCACCUUACGUCAACAUCUACGUGAAGUACAUCCACAGAGCAAUUCAUGGAAGUGACACUGGCGCCUAUGAUUCCAAAGGAAGGUUUGUCCAGGAGAAAUUCGACGAGACCAAGCACGCUCAUGUCAAACCGGACGCCUUGACGCUACCGGAGAUAGAGGAAAUGCUCACGUUCAACCGGGAUCUUCUUGAUCCCGUUUCAUGGCCUGCUGCUGAGGCGGAGUGGCAACUGAUCUACCAGCUCGCCCACGACAGAUAUGGGUUUCUUACCAAGGAGCGUGCGAGGGGCAUCUACGACGGGACCAUAUUCGUUGAGCUCGAGGAGCGCAGGAAAGAUCUUCACAGUGAUGCGUGAUCAGAUAUCUGUCUGUCUGUCUGUCUCUGUCUACGGUGGACGAGAGAGAGAGAGAGAGAGAGAGAGAGAGAGAGAGCGAGCUGUCUACGACAGCAAUUUGGGUAGCAUCAAUCCGUCAACCGCGUAGCAUGUGUUGUGCUGUAUUAAACUCCGCAUGCACAAAUGCACAAUUAGUUAAUUAGUAGAUGCCGCGCCACGUCAUCUGCGCACACACACUACAAUAACACUGUACUCUUUCAAGAAAUUCCCUCUGCAAAAGCACAGCAAGUGUACUACCUAAACCCUGGACUAUAUCCUAUAAAAAAACUUGGACUA